CCUCGGUGAAGCGCUCCUCCAGCAGCCUGGCAGCAUGGCGGCCGUGGAGACACGGGUAUGCGAGACGGACGGCUGCAGCAGCGAGGCCAAGCUCCAGUGUCCCACCUGCCUCAAACUGGGCAUCCAGGGCUCAUACUUCUGCUCUCAGGAAUGUUUUAAAGGAAGUUGGGCUACUCACAAAUUACUACAUAAGAAAGCAAAAGAUGAAAAGGCAAAGCGAGAAGUGUCUUCCUGGACUCUAGAAGGUGAUAUUAACACUGACCCAUGGGCAGGUUAUCGAUAUACUGGGAAACUCCGACCACAUUAUCCACUGAUGCCAACAAGGCCAGUGCCAAGUUAUAUCCAAAGGCCAGAUUAUGCUGAUCACCCUCUAGGAAUGUCUGAAUCUGAACAGGCUCUUAAAGGUACUUCUCAAAUUAAAUUACUCUCAUCUGAAGAUAUAGAAGGGAUGCGACUUGUAUGUAGGCUUGCUAGAGAAGUGCUCGACAUUGCCGCUGGGAUGAUUAAACCAGGUGUAACUACUGAAGAAAUAGAUCAUGCUGUACACUUAGCAUGUAUUGCCAGAAAUUGCUAUCCUUCUCCCUUGAAUUAUUAUAAUUUCCCAAAGUCUUGUUGUACUUCAGUGAAUGAAGUAAUCUGCCAUGGAAUUCCAGACAGACGGCCCUUGCAAGAAGGUGAUAUUGUUAAUGUGGACAUCACGCUUUAUCGCAAUGGUUAUCACGGGGACCUGAACGAGACAUUUUUUGUUGGAGAUGUGGAUGAGGGAGCACGGAAACUCGUCCAGACCACGUAUGAGUGCCUGAUGCAAGCCAUUGAUGCAGUGAAACCUGGCGUUCGAUACAGAGAAUUGGGAAACAUUAUUCAGAAGCAUGCCCAAGCAAGUGGCUUUUCAGUUGUUCGAAGUUAUUGUGGGCAUGGAAUCCACAAGCUUUUCCAUACAGCCCCCAAUGUACCCCACUAUGCCAAAAAUAAAGCAGUUGGAGUGAUGAAGGCUGGCCAUGUAUUUACAAUUGAGCCAAUGAUUUGUGAAGGCGGAUGGCAGGAUGAAACCUGGCCAGAUGGCUGGACUGCAGUGACGAGAGAUGGGAAGCGGUCUGCUCAGUUCGAGCACACCCUGCUGGUCACGGACGCUGGCUGUGAAAUCCUAACUCGACGGCUCGAGAGUGCGCGGCCUCAUUUCAUGUCCCAAUUUUAAUUUCUUCCGAGAUGGCACAUCUCACUAAUGCCUUCUGGCUGUACUUGUGCAUUUUAUUGAGAGUACAGAAUGGAAGAUGAAAUUUUUUAUUACUUGUUUUGUUUUUGACUGUAGAUAAGGAAAGACUACAGCAUUUGACGUGUGUCCUCACGAACUUGUCUUGGGUCUGAAAAAGCCGAGAAGAAUAAAGGAAAUAUUUCUCAACUCCUUUGAGUGCUCCCCUGUCCCCCGCAAGAAUCUCUGUGCCCCUGUUUUCUCAUUCGCCUUUGAGCACUUUUUACUUAAACCUGCUUCUAGUUGAUUUUAUCACUGCCACAACUGGGCCAUCGAGAGCCAGCUGCUUUCCAAAUGAAUGUUGAAGAUGGGAAUCCUUGAAACUUUAGCAACAUAAGUUGCUUCAGCUUUUUUUAUUAUAUAUGUAUGGAAAUAUAUAUGUAUACAUUUUAAAUUCCAUAUAUAUAAUUACUGAACACUAUGUGACCUGGAGUUUGUGUUGAUUCUGCUCUGACAGGGUUAUAUGCUGUCGUAAAUGGACCCAUAGUUUGCAGUGACUGAAUUCCCAGUUGGGAAUUGGCCUCCCUCUUCCCCCAUGCUAAUUAUUUACUCGUGUAAUUGUGUGUAAGGAAGCACUCAGGUCAGUGAGACUUUCUCUUCAGUGUGGACUCUGUAUCAGCGAAUGGAUGUGGAAAAAAUUCACUUUGAAAAAAGGUUAUUAGGUUUUUAAAAAUCUAGUUUAUGACAAAAAUAGCCAUGCUCCAAGUGGUAGCUGGCUGUUUCAGAGCAUGAGAAUUUUGUAUUACAUUGCUGUUUCAUACCUAUUUGGUCGAAAUGGGAGGGAAAACGUUCCCUUUCUCCUCUCUUUUAUUUCCAGGGCAUACCUUGGAGAUAUUCAGAGAGGGGUGGAGGUUGCACUAUAGAAGUUGAUGGGGAAAGCCAGUUCUGAAAUCUCUCCAGCAGUGAGCAGAGUAAGUCAAGUGGGCUGUUAGAUCCUAACAUUUAGCAAACCUGGUCGUGAUAAGAAAGGAACCUCUCUGAAGACCGAACUGUUCCCUCGUGGCAGGGAUGCAGCUCUCCUUGGUGUGCUGAAAGCACGUUUCACCUUUACAUCGCUGGGAACCUCAUCAGAAAUGAACUUAGGUGCCCAAUCUCUGUUCCUUUCAGUAGUUCAAUUCAAAUGAGAGUGGAUCCAAUGAAGACAGAUCAAAGUCAUUGUCAUUAGGCUGUACUUGAUUACUGAGUAUCUGGUAAGUUUCUUGUAAGAUAAUUUGAUACCACUGACAUAUUAUACUUGUACGAGAACAUCUUUCCCAGAGUGCCUCAGACCUUUAUUGCUUUAAAAGAAUUAUGAUAAUGUUUUCAUUACUUGUAUUAUUUUAAUGAUUUAGUAAAGUGACCGAAUCUGGUAUACACUUUCGGGGGUAUGUGUGUGAAAUUUUUUAUCAAACUGUAAUAUUUGUGAAUGGAAUGCCUUGCAAUAUCAAUGUUAAUAUAAUGUAUAAAGGGAGAUUAAAAAGUUUGAUUAUCCCACCA